AUGCAAGAACGUGUUCAACCGCGUACCCGAUGCAGCGUUCGUCUCUGGCGAGGUGUCGAUCCGUUGUUGGGGCCGCGCGUUGCUUGACGAGUACACGAACGACGAGGUCUACGAGGCAGACGACUUCAUUGCAACCAGUCCCGUCGAUCAGCGAGGCAUGCUGCAGCAGCGCCUCGGCAUCAAAGUCGUGGAUGAGGGCAUCAUUGAAGAUCGGUACCUGAGGCAGACCUAUAAGCCAAUCGACCAUGCGCUGAGAGAUCCCAUGCACGUAUUCUUGAACAGUGGCAUUGCCAACGUUGAGAUCGGUUAUCUAUGGCAGGCGGUUCGCGCUCACGACUUCAAGCUCGAGGUGAUGCAGGACAACAUGAUGCAGUGGCGCAUGCCCAAUCGACAUGGUAAGAUCGAUCGCAAGUGGCUUAGCAAGAACAGCCCUCUACAGGAGCAAAAGCGGUGUUUUGUUGCGUUGGCAAUGAUAGUCGGUAUCAGUUCGCAGAUUGGACCGUCAGAUGCGAUGGAGUACGUUGACGUAUUAGAUGGCUUGCUGAGGGUGCACGGCGAGAUGUUCACUCGCUUGUAUCCAGCUGCAGCGAAGCCGAAAUUCCACCAGGCCCUGCGCCUGCCUGAGAACAUGAGGUACUUGGGCAAAUUGCUGUCGUGCUUCGUGACGGAGAGAAAGCACAGGAUUACCAAGCGAUGUGCGUCAUACGUAUUCCGACACAUCGACAACACAAUGAUCAAAUAUAUCAUUUUCAGGCAGAUGGCUGCCUUCACCGGCGAUGCAAGCUCGUUCCAAACAAAGUACCGCGGCCCCUGGUCUGAGCAAGAUGCGCUGGGCACGACAUUUCACGCGUCGAACUUGGCCGCGCUACGGCACGGACAGGUCUCCCGCGGGGACAUGUUGUAUAUGGCCUCGGACGAGGUGGCGGUUGCAGAUGAUUUCUGGCAAUCUCCAG